UUUUUUUUUUUUUCAUUUUUCAUCUUCACAUUAUAAAGUUUCAAUCAAAGUAAAUGACAAUAAUUUCACACUCUCAUGGAAUAAAAUAGAGAAGCUUGGGGUUGAAUCGAGUAGGAUGGUUAAGAAAAGAUGAAUGAAAAAAACAUAGUUAAGAAAAAAGAUGAUGAAGAUUAUUGUGUUGUGUUGUAAUUAGGGGGUGUUGAGAAUGAGAAAUAGAGGAGAAGAGAGUAGUGUAUUAUGAAGUCGGAAAGCAAACACGGCAUGUGGGGGCAUCAGCCACCAUCUUCCAAACCAGAAGAUGACACAAAUUGGAAAUAUGGAGUUAGCACAAAUUCGGGGGCGCAGGCCUACUCAUGUCCCUUUCCAUCCCCCCCAUUAUUUUCACUCGCGCAAUAAUUCAAACACCUCCCAUGCGCCCAUCAACACUCGCUAAAUAUUCUAAUCCAAUAUCUCACUUUCCCUCCCUCUCUCUCUCUCAACUUUACUUUCCUUCUUUUCCACACUUGCACUCAUUCAUUUUCCCUUUUUCGCACCGGCUGCAACGGUGGUGGUGGUAUGGGUGGCGUGACGUCGUCCAUGGCGGCGAAGCUGGCCUUCUUUCCGCCUAAUCCGGCGUCGUACAAGCUGGUGCACGACGACGUCACGGGUUUGCUGCUGCUGAGCCCUUUCCCCCACCGCGAGAACGUGGAGGUGAUGCGGCUGCCCACGCGGCGGGGCUCCGAGAUCGUGGCGGUGUACGUCCGCCACCCCAUGGCCACCUCCACGCUUCUCUACUCGCAUGGCAAUGCCACCGAUCUCGGACAGAUGUACGAGCUCUUCAUCGAGCUCAGCAUUCAUCUCCGCCUCAAUCUCCUCGGGUAUGACUACUCUGGAUAUGGGCAGUCAUCUGGGAAGGCGAGUGAGCACAACACGUAUGCCGAUAUUGAAGCUGCAUUCAAGUGUCUUGAGGAGAACUAUGGCACCAAGCAGGAAGAUGUUAUCUUGUACGGUCAAUCCGUGGGGAGUGGCCCCACUUUGGAUCUAGCAGCUCGUCUGCCUCGUGUACGAGCCGUUGUUUUGCAUAGCCCUAUACUCUCUGGUGUCAGAGUCAUGUAUGCUGUUAAAAAAACCUACUGGUUCGACAUCUACAAGAACAUUGAUAAAAUCACGCUGGUUAAUUGUCCUGUCCUCAUCAUUCAUGGAACUGCUGAUGAAGUGGUUGAUUUUUCACAUGGUAAGCAGCUGUGGGAGCUCUGCAAGGAGAAAUACGAGCCCUUGUGGAUCAAGGGAGGCAACCACUGCAAUCUAGAGCUCUACCCGGAAUACAUCAGGCAUCUCAAGAAGUUCGUUGCAACGGUGGAGCCAUCUCCUCCUUGGCACAGAACCAGUACCAGGAAGAGCGUAGAUCAGUUUGAGCCGUCUAGGAAGAGCACGGACAUGUUUGAUGCUCCCAGGAAGAGCAGUGACCGGAGGGACAAGCCGAGACGCAGCACCGAGAGGUCAAAGCCACAGAACGUUGAUAAGUUGAGGAUGUCGUUCGAUCAAGUGGAGAGAUCAAGGAGGAGCGUUGAUUGCAUCGACAAAUCUUGGAAGAACAUCGAUCAUCAGCUGGAACGGGGGCGGAAGAGCGUCGACAGGAUGCGUAUCGGAUGAAUCUUGCUCAUGCUUCUUGUAAAAUUUAUAUAUGGUGUUGAGAGGUAUAGAAAAGUUUUAGGGUUGGGGUUUUGUUUGAGUCUCUCUUCUUUAAUUGGGGGGAAAUGUUUUGGAGUGUCUCAAACUGUUUGUCAUUUAUCCAAAAUGCUCGAAAGCUAUCCCAACAAUGCCUCUGUGAUUGAAAUGUACAAACUUUCACAUAAUUCUUAUUUUGCAGAUAAAUUAAAAAUUCUACAUUAAAA